UUCUUGGUUUAUUAAUUCUACUGCUCUGUAAGUCAUCACGAACAAGGGCGUAUUAUCUUUAUUGUUAAAACACUUAGCCUACUUUAGGCUCAAAUGAAGGCUAUUUAAAAUAAAGUGAAAUUACUUAAGUUUAAUAUGCGCUAGGAGAUAGUAUCCAAGCAAACAGCUAUCAUUUGGUCACACCCGCUUGAUUUUGUAUAAGCGAUUUGCAUUUCGCUCAGCAACGUAGCCAGCUCCUAACUGUUGCAGAAAUACAGCUCAGCGCAAAGUCACGUUCAAAGUCUGGUAUUCUACUAUGCAGCUGUCGGAAGACAUGGAGAUUUGAAACUUACAGGUUUCGAUUUGGAAGGAAUGCGGCGUCCGCUGAAGAGAGCUCCGCGCAGUGGACAAUCAAUUGUAAUGCAAAAACGAAAAAAAUGAAAAUACAGUACAGUAAUCGCAAUUCUUAGCGAGGUUCUCCAACAGCACCGCGAGCUUGUUGCGCCCGGAGUACUCGUGUUUUUCGGAGAGGGUACUUCGGGAAAGGCGGGAAAAAGAUAGAAAAUGCCUUUCUGCAAGAGGACAAUAGUCCCGAAAGAUGUCUGUAAAGGUGACACAAAGCGACAGAGCGCAAUUUUCGGGGACUUGGUGGAUGUAUGCGGCUUCACUCUGUGCUCAAUACUCAGGCAGCUUUCGGAUUUAUCAAGGCAGUCGGUCAGCAUCUUGGAAGAGCUGGAAGGGGAACUUGUGUCCAUUUAUCACCGGUCGGGAACGCUUGAGAACAAAGUCAUCAGUUUGCAAAAACACAUUUCUGCACUGGCCACCAAACCACCACAAAAGACCACCACCAACUUGGACUCGGAGAACAAGCGAACGGCCCACUUCCGAUCGUCAUGGCAACAGCAUGUGAAUGUGUUCGGCUCGUGGAGUAGGCCGGAGUGCGUGCAGGAGCUGCAUCAGGAGGCGCAGCUCAAUCUCCAGAGCCUGCUGCAAGACUUUGAGGAGCAGCUCUAUGACCCCAAAGUUACGGGACAGACUUUUCGACAGCCCUCUUCGCCGGGUUCAGAGGACACUUCGCAGAGCAGAUCUCCCAUUGCAGCCAACAGCAAGAGACCGGAGUUUGUCUUCCUGCCAGCUUCCAAGCAGGUGUGUGAGGAUGAGACCACAUCAUUAGGGAUCCGGGCCCAGGAUCCAUCGUCAGGCUGUGGGUCAGAGCGCCCCCUACUGGGCUGGAGCUCCUCGGCGGGCCCGCCUGUUGCUGAGAAACCCCGCUGGUACCUGGGUCGCCACACCCCAGCACACCUGGUGCCCAUCGAUGUAACAGGACAGAGCUUUGAUAAGCAUGCCUGUGUGCUCCAGUCCCUAUUUAACAUUGAGACUGCAGUCAACCCAAAGACUGCCUACAGGAGGAGGCGGAGCCUGAUUGGAGGCCCUGACAUCAUACUGCAACAUCAAGAUGAUGGGAAAAUUCUGGCUGUUGACCUGAUUGAAGGCACCUGUUCCCCUGGAGCCUCGCACCCCAGACUUCUAACACCAUCGUCUGAAACCCUGAGUCACCAUUUACCGCUGAGGAAAACCUGCAGUAACUUGGACCAAAGUCUGCCUCAGUCACCUGAGAGUUCCUUAGGCACGAUGGAGCAGGCCACGCUGAUGUGCGCCAGUCCUUCCUGGAACGGGCCCAAGGGCUCCACCUUCUCCCCGGCGUGGAACAACUCCUUCAACUACGUGCUGGCGCCCAGCCCCGUCGCCAAAACGCCUUCGUCCCAACACGAGGCCGGCGUGCUCGCCUGCCCCUCCCAGGGCAGCUCAGGCCUGUCCAUGAGCUCAGGGUCACAUUCCAGCUCCUUCACCUCCAUAUCAAUGGAGCCGUCCGCCAGGGCCCAGCACGCUGCGGCCGCUGCCGCCGCAGCCGCCUCUGUGGGUAAGAGGAUGGAGAUGGAAGGAGACACGGCGAGCCCCGGAGAGCGGGAGAAGAGGUACACGCGCGCCAACGUCUUCAAGUUCCGGGAGCGCUCCCUCUCCACGCCCACCGAGCCCCCUCGGGAGGGCGAGAGCUACGCCCUCCUGUACCCAAGCGGCAGCUCCGAGGGCAGCGCCAGCACCGACAACGUCUCUGUGACGGCGGCCGACUUCUUGCCUGACGGCCGGCUUCGGAUGAGGUCCCGCAGCAUCUCCCUGAAGAAGCCAAAGAAGAAGCCGCCGCCGCCGGUGCGCAGCGUGUCUCUAAUGAAGAACCUUGGCGGCGAAAGCCCCCGUACGGAGGGGCACUUCCGCGACGGCCGGCCCAAGAGCCUGUUCAUUCCCAGGGACCACUUGGAGGACGCCUUCCAGCCAGACUUCCUUGUUAGCUCCAAACCCCUGCAGGAGGAGCAGGACCUAGCUAUGUCUGGCGGGCAGACGGUUGCAGACUCACAGGCACCGGACAGAGAGCCUGAGCUGUCGUACCCUGGCCACUGGCAGCUGAAUGACUGGAAGGCCAAUGACCCCUACAGGUCGCUGUCAGGCUCUAGCACGGCUACAGGAACCACAGUGAUUGAGUGCAUGAAAGUACGUGGCAGCUCCGAGUCCCUCAAUUCUCCCUCCACCUCCCGUGCUACCUCGCCCUCACAGCUCUCUGUAGAAGCAGAGGCCAAAAUCUCCCCCUUCAAACCUCUUGGCUUGAUGUCUCCCUCCAGUGGCUACUCUAGCCAGUCUGAGACUCCAACCCCCACCAUACCCAACUCCCUCACUUCCGGACCCUCAUCGCUGGGCUGCAAGAUGCGACCGAAGAUUCCAGAGAGGAAGUCCUCCCUGCCGGCCACUUCCCCCGGAGAGAGGGCUGCCAGGUCACGUCUUUCCUUUGAGCUGCCUGUGACUUCCCACCUGGAUCUGUCCUCCGUCAAAGCCAAGCCCAAAGCCAGCAGGAGGCACUCUGACUCCUCCACUGCCGGUAAGCCGGUGCAGAAGCUCAGUCCAAGCCAGUCGGUGAUGCCCAUGGUGACCCAGACCGACCUCAGGAACAUCCGCCUGCGUUCGGUCAGCCGCUCAGAAGCCGACGACAGCCCCGAUGGCUCUUCUGACAUCAUCGAAGAGGAGCAAGGCAGAGACCUCAGCCCCCCUGUCAGUCCCGAGCUGAAACCCAAGCCUCCGGUGGCCGUGAAGCCACCUCUACCCAAACGCCCCCUCAAUCUCAUGCUGAAGUACCCCUCUUCUAUUCCUCCUGCCCCAGAGUCCCCUCCGCCCUCCCCAGUGGAUCGGCCCAUGCCGCUGGGGAACAUCUACAAGGUGAUGAAGAAACCCAAACCUAAGAAGCUGGCACAGUCUCCAAUCAGUCCUGGGGUGCCCCAGGAGGCCCCCAAACCACAGGUGCAGGAGCAGCCCGUUGUGGACUACCAGCAAGGGGCUGACCAGUGUGAGUUACCUUCCCCCAGCAGCCCUGAGAGGCAAGACAAGAGCAAGACCUUGCCCAGCAGGAUGACUAUCUCCUGUCUGGCUGAGCUGGAUAAGAAGCGCCCCAAGGUACCCCCUCCAGUCCCCAAGAAGCCUAAUGUCCUCCUGUUGCCUAGCAAUGCCGUCCAUACCAAUGGGACCACAGACAGGCAAGUCAUCUCAUUGGACAGUGGCUCGCAGUCCCCUGUUAGUGCUCCUCUGUCUGAAGAGCCUACUGUUAAUGAGGAAAACCAUGUCCCCACGAAUGAAGUCGAAGAAAAGGAUUCCGAACAAGAGUCUGAUGUAAAGGCCCCCACUACUGAGCCUUUGAUAGAAAACUUGCUUGAUGAAAGCGUUGUGGAGAGCAGCUCAGUCAGCGAGAAGAAUGCUUUGCACAUCACAGAGGAAGCAGAAGAGGAUGCGAUUCCCCAGCCAUCCACCCCCCACACCACUGAGGACCUGUUCACCAUCAUUCACAGGUCGAAGCGCAAAGUCCUGGGCCGCAAGGAAGUGGCGGACUCGUUCGGCAGCCGGCAGAGCUUGGUGUCCCCGGUCAAGAGCAGCAGCGACCUGAGGACCCUGACCCUGGGCAGCACGCCCAGGUCCAGCUCCCGCAACGAGAACUUCAUGGCGCUGCUGCAGAAGAAGGGCCACAAGCCCAGCACGGGGGCCCGAGUUUCCGCCAUGGAGCUCCUGAAGAGCACAAACCCGCUGGCCCGCAGGGUGACCGAGUUCUCGCAGCCCGACUCGGAGUCCGCCAGCGCCCCCAAACCGCCCCCGGACCACUGACUGCCCCGCUGCGCUGGGAUCCGUGCUGGGAUUUUUUUUUUCCUUGUGUCCUUGUGAGGGUUUUAUUUACCGCCAUCUUCCUUCACCGAGCUAUAAGCCAGGGGUGUGUUUUUGAAUCCUGAUUUUGAACAAAGCAUUUUUUUAUUAUUGUUUGCUGUUUGAGCAACAGUUGACAUCGGCUAAAACAGGGGACAUGGAAUCCAGGAGUGUCACGUAGGUUGGGGCUGCCUGCUAUUCAGGAAAUUAGAACACAGGACUCCUGAAAGUUCUGUGUGGAAAUCAGAAACCCUGGAGCAGUCACUAUGGCAUACAGAAGGAAAUGGCCAAUGGCUGAUUACAAGAACACCGGUUUACACAUACAGAUUCCAUGGAGGUACAUGCGUAUAUGCUGGACAGAGCUUGAUGGAAUAACGUAAAGCAAAGUAGGGACAGCUUCAUUUAACUUUUUCAUUAAAAAAACAAUAUAAAACUUGCUGAAUAUGUGUCUUUUGAAGACAUAGCGCAAGGCUCAUUUGAAGCUCUGCAAAAAAAGAAAAAAAACAAAUGAGUAAUCGAAAACAUUCCACAAAUUAGCAAGCAGGACCUGGUAUCCCUCUCGUUUGGAAUAAGCACUUUCAUUACAACAAGGAACAUAUCCGGAUCUAGCAUUUUUGUUUGAUUGUCCGUUUUGUUUGUAUAAAAAAUUUUUGAUGAUGUGAUUUAACCUGUAUAUAGCUAUACAUAAGUACAUACAUAAAUAUAUUCAAAGUAUAUACAUCCAUAUAAAUACAUAUAUAGGUGUAACCAGGCCUGCUAAAACUGCCUACAUGGUAUUCGCUGCAUUACACUUGGGAUCAAAGAGUGCCGCCCUGCAAGACAGCUUGAAUCGUUGCUGAGGAUCUCCACACUGCCUAGACACAUACUGUGCAGCGCGUGUGUAACACACAAGUUUGUACAGAACCAAACUCACCAAAAAUCAAAGGGUCAAUAAGGGUAUGGCUCUCCUUUGAACUCUCGAGAUCAGACGGGACAGGACGGGGAGAGGUCGCGGCGAAACGGAAGUGACGCGCGCGGAGGCGGGAGAUGCGCCGCGGACGCGUUCGGACGACCGCGGCCGUCUUGUGUUGCUGUACGCUCAGGUGUUCCUUACGCUCAGGAGGCCCUUUCAGUUUUGGUGUGGAUGUGCGUCAUCUCUAUAGUACAUGCGCUUGAGCUACAAAGUUUCAGGUGGUAGAAAGACACUCGUCUAUGGUCAACAAAAUGGCUGGUGUCUGAAGUUGGACUCCCACCCGAACCCGUUCGCACUGCAUUGGGAUUUGGGGUGAUGAGGCAGACUGUUACAUCCACACUUCAUCGUAAUCUCACAGUGUACUCACCUGCAACAUGUGUCUAUGCCUCAGUGCAGUCACUUCACUGCCAUUAAGACUAUGCAUCAAAGCUGGACGGACGGCCAUGUCUACACUAAGAGACUGGUGAAUGUAAACAAAUGUCAAGAGGGGAUGCGACCUUCAACAGCAUUCGGCUCAGAUUUGAUUUUAAUUUCAUUCAUGGGACGAGGUGGGUGGGGGGAGGUGGGUUUGGGGAAGGGAGUGUCAUGAUGUGGUGCGAUUUGGGUGGGUCCGUACAGCGCAGGAACGUUAAAGAACACCGCUAUUUCCAUUGAAGAAAAGACAAGGAGGCGGCUCAAAUUCUGAAAUGCGAGCACUGGAGACCUGUGGAGAACCGGGCUGGUCUGUCAGAGCUUGGGAAAGGGUGCGUUUGGCCAGCAUUCCUGGAGGGUGACGAGUGGACUUGGUGACUGCUCUCACAGACCCUUCCCCAUCCAUUCCUUGAACAGCGCUUCUAUGGAGGACUGCUUCUGGCUCUCAAUCAGAAAAUAGACAAAGUCCUGGUGCUAUCGAGCCAGAAUGCCACCCUCAUUCAAGACAGAGCGCCCCAACUGGCUCAGAUCUGUUUUGACUUUGUAACAGAGACUUGGAGAGACAGUGCUCCAGAUUGGAUUCUGGACGUUCUUCAUUUUUCAGUCUUUCAGGUAAUCCGACGACUCAUAAAGACUUAAAAAAGAAACAUGAAAUUAUUACGUAAAAACAGUGAGUGACGCUUGUUUUAAAUAUUUAGUGAAUGAAACAAAAAAGAAAACCAGUGUUUGUUUGCCUUGUACUCUGGCGUGAUGCCUUUGUGUUUUUUAAAUGCCUUGGUAUUGCACUUUCUUAGGAGUAUGCAGAGUUUUGUUAUUAUGAUUACUAUUAUUAUAGUCAUUACUACUCUUGUGUACUCUGUACUGUUCCUCCAUCAUUCAUCGACCCUCUUACAGGUACAAGUAUUACAGUGGAGGUAGGCAUAGCUGUAAUGAUGUAGAGGUAAAGAAUGGGGAGAGGCAGGAAAAACAUAAUGGCAGGGGGUUAGGGGGUUUCUGAAGCCAUGGUUGAUUUUUUAGUUCCAAGUGCAUGUCAAAAUUGAACAUGGCUGCUGGUGACACUUUCUGACCUUAUCUCCAUUAAACCUGGAGUAGAUUACCUGUGUCCUUUCAAACAGCAAUUUGACUCUCCUCAAGAUUGCUUCAAAGUAGAGAAAUACGGCACUGCUAAUCCGUGAGUUUUGCAAAUGCCCCCACCCCCGUCUCCCCAUCCCACUCAAUACUCCUUCCUUGUGAGUGGAUAGAGCAUAAUGUGCUCUAUUGUCCGAUCAACUGUGUCUGGGAAUUAGAACCUUACGAUUGUCAGACACUUUUAAAAAGUGGGGGAAGGGUUUUUCUUCUGGUAACCUGAACAAGUACUGACUGCACACUCUAGUGGCUGACUGCAGUGACAGUACAAGGCUAAAUAAACCACUGGGUGUUUAAUUCUGUUCAACCUGGGGACCACUUCAGCUUUGUGCCAGCCUCAUCUGCCACCAUUUCCUGUUGUCCUCCUCUUCCUGUUUGGUGCAACCCCCAGGGCUGAAAUUUUAAAGCUUUUCUUAAAGGGCACCUUGGGCUUGUCUGGUGGGAAAUAAAUAAUAAAAGGCUAUAAUUAUUUGAAAGUAAACUCCUAUGACAUUGCUUGAUUAGAUGGACCAAGAACAGUCUACAAAAAUGGCCCUUACAAUGCAUAUUUAUUAAUACUUGGUACAAUAAUACCAGCCAGACACUUUCCCUGGCUUUUAAGUUCUCCUAGAAUAACCCUGGGUGCCUUUUAACUCUCAGGAGGGAUAUUCUCCAUAGCAGGCAAAGUAAAAAAGUGGGGAAAAGCAAGCAAAUAGACUCAAAACAACACAGACCAGUUUAGUUCAGUGUCACAUGACUAGAGAUGAGAUAUUUAUGGCCACUAGGUUGUCGUGGUUCAGAAAAACUUUGACUACGUCAAAGACAGUUGCUAUGUAAAGUGUAAUUGUGUACAUAAAAAAAUGUAAGUGAAGCUGCAGUCAUCAUGAUUAAUGUAAAGGUAGUAUGGAGAAGUGCUGUGGUUCAUUCCUUUUGCUGUAAGACUGCACCAAGUGCUCUGUGAAGUCUGACAGACUGCCAGAACUGAAAAGCUUUAAAAAAAAGGCCCCCUCCCCCAUGGGAAUGGAUGGCAAGCUAGGCGGGUUCAUAAAUGAAAACUGGGAAUUAUAUUUUUGUUAUUUUUCAUUGGAAGGACAUUUUCAAAAAUUAUAAACCACAGUCUCCAGCAGUAUGAAAUGUGGCUGCGGGUCUGUAAGCAGCCAUGUCUUGCCGAUGUAAUGAAAUUAUAUCAUUAAAAUAAAUUAUUUUUCUUGCUUA